GGCGCGGCUGGGCGGAGCGGCCGGAGGAGCGGCCCGAGGAGCGGCUGGCCGGCGGGCGGGCCGGCUGGCGGGCGGGCGGGCGUCCGGGCGGGGACCCGGCCCGCGACUGGCGGGGCGCGGCGGCCGAAGCCCAGGAGAGCCCAGUCAGGCUCAGGGGACUCCAGCCUCACCCAGCACCCUCCCUCCUUACUACUCUGAUUGUGCCUGAUUCUGACCUCCCUUCCAGCUCCAGAAAACACACACCCAAGCCCGGGAGGCAUGCUGAAGCCAGGCUGCCAGCAGGAUGAGUGUGAAAGAGGCGGGCAGCUCUGGCUGCUGGGAGCAGGCCUACCACCUGCAUAUCUACCCACAGCUGUCCACCACCGAGAGCCAGUCCUCGUGCCGUGUGACCGCGACCAAAGACAGCACCACCUCAGAUGUCAUCAAGGAUGCCAUCGCCAGCCUGCGGCUGGAUGGCACCAAGUGCUAUGUGCUGGUGGAAGUCAAAGAGUCGGGCGGCGAGGAGUGGGUGCUGGAUGCCAACGACUCACCAGUGCACCGAGUGCUGCUAUGGCCCCGGCGGGCACAGGACGAGCACCCACAGGAAGACGGCUAUUACUUCCUACUUCAGGAGCGCGAUGCAGAUGGCACCAUCAAGUAUGUGCACAUGCAACUGGUGGCCCAGGCCACAGCCACCCGGCGGCUGAUGGAGCGCGGCCUCCUGCCACGGCAGCAGGCAGACUUUGACGACCUUUGCAACCUCCCUGAGCUGACCGAGGACAACCUCCUGAAGAACCUGAAGCACCGCUUCCUGCAGCAGAAGAUCUACACGUAUGCAGGAAGCAUCCUGGUUGCCAUCAACCCCUUCAAGUUCCUCCCCAUUUAUAAUCCCAAGUACGUGAAGAUGUAUGAGAACCAACAGCUGGGCAAGUUGGAGCCACAUGUCUUCGCACUGGCUGAUGUGGCCUACUAUGCCAUGCUGCGGAAGCGUGUGAACCAGUGCAUUGUGAUCUCUGGUGAGAGUGGUUCUGGCAAGACCCAGAGCACCAACUUUCUCAUCCAUUGCCUCACUGCCCUUAGCCAGAAAGGCUAUGCUAGUGGUGUGGAGAGGACCAUCCUGGGUGCUGGCCCCGUGCUGGAGGCUUUUGGAAACGCCAAGACAGCCCACAACAACAACUCCAGCCGAUUUGGGAAAUUUAUCCAAGUCAACUACCUGGAGAGUGGCAUUGUGAGAGGAGCUGUUGUUGAAAAAUACCUGCUUGAAAAGUCUCGCCUGGUCUCUCAGGAGAAGGAUGAGAGGAACUACCAUGUGUUUUAUUAUUUGUUACUUGGUGUCAGCAAGGAAGAGCGCCAAGAAUUUCAGCUCAAGCAGCCUGAAGAUUAUUUCUACCUCAACCAGCAUAACUUGAAGAUAGAAGAUGGGGAAGACCUAAAACAUGACUUUGAAAGACUCAAGCUGGCCAUGGAGAUGGUGGGCUUCCUCCCCGCCACCAAGAAGCAGAUUUUUUCUGUCCUCUCUGCCAUCCUCUAUCUGGGCAAUGUCACUUAUAAGAAGAGAGCCACGGGCCGAGAAGAAGGCCUGGAGGUCGGGCCACCUGAGGUGCUGGACACAUUGUCCCAGCUUCUGAAGGUGAAGCGAGAGAUCUUGGUAGAGGUUCUGACCAAAAGAAAAACAGUGACCGUCAAUGAUAAGCUCAUCCUUCCCUACAGCCUCAGCGAGGCCAUAACCGCCCGUGACUCCAUGGCCAAGUCACUGUACAGUGCCCUGUUCGACUGGAUCGUGCUAAGGAUCAACCACGCCCUCCUCAACAAGAAGGACAUGGAGGAGGCGGUCUCAUGCCUGUCCAUCGGGGUCCUUGACAUCUUUGGGUUUGAAGACUUUGAAAGGAAUAGUUUUGAACAAUUCUGCAUCAACUAUGCCAAUGAACAACUGCAGUAUUACUUCAAUCAGCACAUCUUCAAACUGGAGCAGGAGGAAUAUCAGGAUGAAGGGAUCACGUGGCACAACAUAGACUACACAGACAACGUGGGCUGCAUCCAUCUCAUCAGCAAGAAGCCCACAGGCCUCUUCUACCUGCUGGACGAGGAAAGCAACUUCCCCCAUGCCACAAGCCAGACCCUGCUGGCCAAGUUCAAACAGCAACAUGAGGACAACAAAUACUUCCUCGGCACCCCAGUCAUGGAACCAGCCUUCAUCAUCCAGCACUUUGCAGGGAAAGUGAAAUAUCAGAUCAAGGACUUCCGGGAGAAGAACAUGGACUACAUGCGGCCCGACAUUGUGGCACUGCUGCGGGGCAGCGACAGCACCUAUGUGCGUGAGCUCAUUGGCAUGGAUCCCGUGGCAAUGUUCCGCUGGGCUGUGCUCAGGGCCGCCAUCCGGGCCAUGGCCGUGCUCCGGGAGGCUGGACGCCUGCGGGCAGAGAGGGCCGAGAAGGCAGUAGCAGGUAUGGGCAGCCCUAGUGCCCGAGGUCACCUGGGAGAGCUGCCAAGAGGAGCCAGCACCCCUUCAGAAAAACUUUACCGCUGCUCAAUGCUAGAUUUCUCAUUUGACGGCUCUGAGGAGUUCGAUAUUAACGCUUUUGAGGACAUCAUUGCUUUCUGUGAAAGCAAGAACGAUUUGCAUAACCAAAUCAUCAAGAGCAUCAAAGGAUUGCCCUGGCAGGGCGAGGACCCCCGUAGGCUUCUGCAAUCCCUCAGUCGGCUCCAGAAACCCCGCGCCUUCAUCCUGAAAAGUAAAGGUAUCAAACAAAAGCAGAUCAUUCCAAAGAACCUGCUGGACUCCAAGUCCCUAAAACUCAUCAUCAGCAUGACCCUGCAUGACCGAACCACCAAGUCCCUGCUGCACCUGCAUAAGAAGAAGAAGCCACCAAGCAUCAGCGCCCAGUUCCAGACUUCACUUAAUAAGCUCUUGGAGACCCUGGGGAAGGCAGAGCCCUUCUUCAUCCGCUGCAUCCGCUCCAAUGCUGAGAAGAAAGAGCUGUGUUUUGAUGACGAGCUGGUGCUGCAGCAGCUGCGCUACACGGGCAUGCUGGAGACCGUACGCAUCCGGAGGUCGGGCUACAGUGCCAAGUACACCUUCCAGGAUUUCAUAGAGCAGUUCCAAGUACUGCUACCCAAGAACGCCCAGCCCUGCAGGGAAGUCAUCUCUGCCCUGCUAGAAAAGAUGGAUGUAGACAAGAGGAGCUAUCAAAUUGGCAAGACCAAGGUCUUCCUGAAGGAGACAGAGCGGCAAGCCCUACAGGAAACGCUGCACCGGGAGGUUGUGCGGAAAAUCUUGCUUCUGCAGAGCUGGUUCCGGAUGGUGCUGGAACGCCGGCACUUCCUGCAGAUGAAGCAAGCAGCAGUCACCAUCCAAGCAUGUUGGCGGUCCUACCGGGUCCGGCAGGUGCUGGAGAGGAUACAGGCAGCUGUGUACCUCCAGGCUGCAUGGAGGGGCUACCGUCAGCGCAUCGCCUACACGCGUAGGAGACAGAGCAUCAUCCGCCUGCAGAGCCUCUGCCGGGGCCACCUGCAGCGCAAGAGCUUCCGCCAGAUGAUCUUGGAGAAGCAGAAGGCAGAAGAGAAGGAAAGGGAAGCCCAGCAAGCUGCAACGCCAGAGGCCGAGGAGGCCAGGCCAGGCCUGGCACCUGGUGGGGAGCAGGUGGCUGAGCAUACCCCAGAGCCACCCGAGGACAGCAGGCACACAGUGUUGGAGUCCCAGGCAUUGCCGAGCAACGGGUCCCUCCAAGAACACUCCCCACCAGAAAAAGAGGCCCCAACUCCAGAGAAGCUUCUCCCAUCCCUGAAAAACGUGAUGGCUGAAAGUCACGAGAAAGUCCCCAGCAGCCGGGAAAAGCGCGAGUCACGUAGACAAAGAGGGCUGGAACAUGUGAAGCUGCAGAAUAAACACAUGCAGUCCUGUAAGGAAGAUAGUGCCCUGAGAGAACCUCCUGGAAGGGCCAUCCGGGAGCAAGGGGAGAGCCUCCUGGAAGACAAAAAGGAUAGCAGAGAAGAUGAAACCCCGCUAGACACAGAGACAGAGACUGAUUUUAUAAAGCAGCCUAUGGAGGGAGCUCAGGCCGUGCCUAUCAGUGGGCUCUCUGGAGAAACCAAGAAGGACCCCCAGGGUGACAGCCUAAGUCCUGGCCAUGUGAAACGGCCAACCAGCCUGGCCCUGGACAGUAGGAUGGGCCCACCAGCCCCUGGCAGCACUCCCGACACCCCCAAGGACAAGAGCAAACCAAGCGGUAGCCCCAGGGCUCAGGAAAGGCCUGAGAGCCCCGGAGGUUCCACCCAGAUCCAGCGGUACCCUGACGCUGAGCGGUUGGCCAAUGCCGUGGAACUCUGGCGGGGCAAGAAGCUAUUGUCCACUACCAGCACCAGUACCAGCACCAUGCUGAGCCAGUCUCUGGACCUCAGCGAGAGGCACCGAGCCUUAGGGGCAGCCCUCACACCCACAGAGGAAAGGCGCAUCUCCUUAUCCACAAGCGAUGUCUCCAAGCUCCUUCCAUCCCCAGCCAAGGCUCAGCCUACAGCAGAAUCCAUAGACAGGGAGCCAAGCAUAAAGAAGCCAGCCGUCCAGAAGAAGAAAUUGGGCGAUGUGUCCUCCGGCCCAGACGCAGGGCUGUCCCCAGGCUCCCAGGUUGACUCUAAAUCUACGUUUAAGAGACUUUUCCUGCAUAAAACCAAGGAUAAAAAAUACAGCUUGGAAGGCACAGAGGAGAUGGAGAAUGCAGUCUCUGGGGUCGUGCUAGAAGCCACCACCAUGAAGAAGGGUCUAGAAGCCCCCUCUAGCCAUCAGCAUCGCCAUGCAGCAGGUGAGAAGCACACCAAGGAGCUGGGAGGCAAAGGGAAAAAGAAUCGAAACCUCAAGAUUGGCAAAAUCACGGUGUCAGAGAAGUGGCGGGAGUCAGUGUUCCGCAAGAUUACCAAUGCCAACGAGCUCAAAUACCUGGAUGAAUUCCUGCUUAACAAGAUAAAUGACUUGCGCUCCCAGAAGACUCCAAUUGAAAGCUUAUUUAUUGAAGCCACUGAGAAGUUCAGGAGCAACAUCAAAACCAUGUAUUCUGUCCCUAAUGGGAAGAUCCAUGUGGGCUACAAGGACCUCAUGGAGAACUACCAGAUCGUUGUCAGCAACCUGGCCACUGAACGUGGUGAGAAGGACACCAAUCUGGUUCUCAACCUUUUCCAGUCACUGCUGGAUGAGUUCACCCGCGGCUAUACCAAGAAUGACUUUGAGCCUGUGAAGCAGAGCAAAGCUCAGAAGAAGAAGCGGAAGCAGGAACGUGCUGUCCAGGAGCACAACGGCCAUGUGUUUGCCAGCUACCAGGUGAGCAUCCCUCAGUCGUGCGAACAGUGUCUCUCUUACAUCUGGCUGAUGGACAAGGCCCUGCUCUGCAGCGUGUGCAAGAUGACCUGUCACAAGAAGUGUGUGCACAAGAUCCAGAGCUACUGCUCCUACAUGUGCGGGAGAAAGGAUGAGUCAGGUGCUGAGCCCGGCCACUUUGGCGUGUGCGUGGACAGCCUUACCAGCGACAAAGUCUCUGUGCCCAUCGUGCUGGAGAAGCUUCUGGAACAUGUGGAGAUGCAUGGGCUAUACACUGAGGGCCUCUACCGCAAGUCAGGUGCAGCCAACCGGACUCGGGAGCUCCGGCAGGCACUGCAGACAGACCCCACAACAGUGAAGCUGGAGAACUUCCCCAUUCAUGCCAUCACGGGGGUGCUGAAGCAGUGGCUGCGGGACCUACCAGAGCCCCUCAUGACAUUCGCCCAGUAUGGCGACUUUCUCCGAGCUGUGGAGCUGCCAGAGAAGCAGGAGCAGCUGGCCGCCAUCUAUGCUGUCCUGGAGCACCUGCCAGAAGCCAAUCACAACUCCCUGGAGCGGCUCAUCUUCCACCUUGUCAAGGUGGCCCUGCUCGAGGAUGUGAACCGCAUGUCACCUGGGGCACUAGCCAUCAUCUUCGCACCCUGCCUCCUGCGCUGCCCUGACAACUCAGACCCACUAACCAGCAUGAAGGAUGUCCUCAAGAUCACCACGUGUGUGGAGAUGCUGAUCAAGGAACAGAUGAGGAAAUACAAAGUGAAGAUGGAGGAGAUCAGUCAACUGGAGGCGGCAGAGAGCAUUGCCUUCCGCAGGCUUUCCCUGCUAAGGCAAAAUGCUUGUUCAUCUCUCUCCCAGCCAUGGCCUCUCAAACUGGGCUUUUCGUCUCCCUAUGAGGGGGUCCUGAGCAAGGGCCCCAAGGCCCGGGGAAGCCAGGGCAGCAGCCUGGAGGAGUUGGAGGUACUACCAGAAGAGGAGGCAGCUGGUGGCGAUGAGGACCGAGAGAAGGAGAUCCUCAUCGAGCGGAUCCAGUCCAUCAAGGAGGAGAAGGAAGACAUCACCUACCGGCUUCCAGAGCUGGACCCAAGGGGUUCCGACGAGGAGAACUUGGACUCAGAGACCUCAGCCAGCACCGAGAGCCUACUGGAGGAGCGGACUGGGCGGGGGGCCUUGGAAGGGCCCCCCACGCCUACUCUCCCCUACCCCAGCGCACCCACCCCGAACCCCCUCCCCACGGUGGCCGCCCCUCCACGACGAAGGCCUUCGUCCUUCGUAACGGUCAGAGUGAAGACCCCCCGGCGGACCCCUGUCAUGCCCACGGCCAACAUCAAGCUCCCACCGGGCCUACCCUCCCACCUGCCCAGGUGGGCACCAGGUACCCGGGAGGCUGCUGCCCCAGUGAGGCGCCGAGAGCCACCUGCCCGCCGCCCAGACCAGGUACACUCCGUCUACAUCACACCAGGGGCAGACCUGCCCAUGCAGGCCGCUCUAGAGACCCUGGACGAGGACGGCCAGCCACCUGGGAACAAACGGAGAUAUUCAGACCCCCCAAUGUACUGCCUGCCCCCCACCUCGGGCCAGGCCAACGGCUGAAAGCCUAUGGCUACUGGAGUCUACAUGUCCGAGGACAGCCCUUGUGCUGAAGCUGUCAUGGCAAGCAUUUGGCUGAGAAGAAUCCAGAACAAAAAGUCUCAAGAACCACUAGAGGUGGGCACCAGCUCCAAGUGCAGAGUCAAGGCAGGGAGAGGCCAGCUAGGACUAGGCCCUUCUCGCCACAAGCCUAAAUCAUCUCCAGGCCCCCAAGAGCACUAGAUCUCAGCAGGCAGCCCCUCAUCUCUUCCCUUACCUUUUGUACGUUUUUACAGUAACUGUUUAUGUACAUGGUUUACAUUACUUUAAACUGUUAACAGCCUUAACAGAAGACCAAAUCGUUUUUUAUAUGUGUAUGUACAAACUUUUCUAUUAACGCUGUGUGUCUCCCUUGUAAUCUGGACAUGGGUCAUCAGAGCAGAGGCCACUCAGCCACUGUACUUCUGGAGCUCAGACUCACUCUUCAAUCAGCGUUAAGGGUGAUCAGCAUGCCCAGGCCUUCCAUGAGGGUUUUGGACACUUGGGGCAUCUGACCACCCCACGUCUCUUUCCAACACAUGCCUCCAGCAGGCAGCCACUUGGCCAAUGUGCAUUCAAGGGAAUGUUGGAGACUUCUAUGCGGGUCAAGGCUGUUGGCUGGAGCCAGGACAUGAGUCAGGAGCUGCCUCCACCUUGGGCACACAGACCUCAAGUACCAAGAGGACCUGAAUGUGGGCAUCACUUCUCUGUACACCAGGGGCUGGAGAAGGCUGCCCUUCGCACUACCCACCCAUGUGACAGUACAAGAGUCAGUGACUCAGGUCUGCUCAUGGUCAGGGAGGGCACAGCCUGAUUUUGGGCAUACCCUUCAGUCAACUGUGACAGCGUGGGGCUUUCCAGAAUGGGGACCUCCUUUCCCAGGCUCAGCCAGCUCAGCCCACUUGGCAGACACUUGGACACACACCACAAAUCUGGGACAAGGGAUGCCCCACACCAUGUGUGAAAAUAAAAAAGUUCCUGCGAUGUGUAUGCAUGGAAUUUC